CGGCUCCCUUCCGACACCCAAUAGUCGAGUACUAAGCAGCUCUCAGUCGGACCAGUAUAUAAACUCUCAGUAACCCCUCUAAAUUCUCUUGAACAAUGGCAGCCCUCAUUCCCGCUCCAAAACCACCCACGAAGCUCGGUAUCUAUCGUGUUCUGUCAUCUCGAGCUGGUGUUCGCGUCUCUCCACUAUGCCUCGGUGCGAUGAGCAUCGGCGACAAGUGGCAGGAUUUCAUGGGAUCGAUGGACAAAGAAUCCAGUUUCAAGCUGUUGGACGCGUAUUUCGACAUGGGAGGAAACUUUAUCGAUACGGCUAACAACUAUCAGGACGAGACCUCAGAAGAGUUCAUCGGCGAAUGGGCAGAAAAAAGAGGUAUCCGAGACCAGCUCUUCAUCGCUACCAAGUAUUCGACUAUUUUCAAGAAAGCAGAUCCGAAGGUCGCUCAAAAGGUUCACUACGCCGGGAAUAACAUAAAGAGCAUGCACCUCAGUGUCAAUGCGAGCUUGAAGAAGCUCCGCACCGACUAUAUCGAUCUCCUCUACGUGCAUUGGUGGGAUUACGAUACCUCGGUCGAGGAGAUCAUGGAUGGACUGCACAAUCUAGUCACUCAGGGCAAAGUACUCUACCUGGGCAUCUCGGAUACGCCCGCUUGGGUAGUCGCACAGGCUAACCAAUACGCUCGAGACAACGGGAAAACGCCUUUCACCGUCUAUCAAGGACAAUGGAAUAUCAUGCAGAGGGCUUUCGAAAGGGACAUUAUCCCCAUGGCUCGAUCUUUCGGUAUGGCACUAGCCCCGUGGAGUGUUCUCGCUGGCGGAAAACUCAGGUCUGACGCAGAAGAGCAAAGAAGGAAAGAGAGUGGUGAGGAGGGUAGGAAGAGAUAUGGUAGCUGGGAGAGGACGCCCGAAGAAGUGGCGAUGAGUCAUGCAUUGGAGAAAGUCGCGCAGGAGCUUGGUGCAAAGAACAUUACAUCAGUUGCAAUCGCAUAUGUGAUGCAAAAGACGACGCACGUCUUCCCACUUAUCGGUGGACGUAAAGUUGAACAAUUGGAGCAAAACCUCGAGGCACUUGACAUUACACUAUCUCCGGAACAGAUAAAAUUCCUAGAGAGUCAGGUCCCCUUUGAUAUUGGGUACCCUACCACCAGGAUUGGAGACGGAACUGAGCCCUCGUAUUUGAUGAAUAUAGCCUGCCAUUACCAGAAGAUUCCAAAGGCGCAACCACUUCCUGCACCUACUUUGUAGAACUAGACUCACAAAACUUUAUGUGGUCUAGUAUAUGCUACACGACGCUCCUUCUACACUGGCAGAAUGUAUUGUAGGGGAACUGGAAGGGUUGCUAGCUUGGUUAAUGAUACUCAGUCGUGAAACCGCUGUAAUUCAAAAUAGAUCGCGAAUCGAUACACAUAUAAUAAAGUAAUUCCAUUACCACUUACAAGGCC